CAAUGUUCCUACCCCUGGUCCUCGCACUGCUGGCCGUCCUCACCGCCCCCGCCGCCGCCUCCACCGCCCCCACCGACAAUGAUACGACGGGGCCCCUCAAGGUCCUGUCACGAGCCUUCGACAAGUGCUCAGCUGAUCCUGAUAUGUACUCAUGUCUUAAGCUGAGAGCAGUAAACCUCCUGGACAGAGCGCUGUCGUUGGACUCGCUGCCGGUGUCCGAGUUCCUGGCUGUAGUCAAGGAUCCCAAAUUGUCGGACGCUGGGGCAGACCCGAAGGUCGCCGAUGUAGAGGCCUCCCUCCCUCGUGACCUGGGACAGAAGAACUCCGCCCUGGACAAGAUGAUCUCUGACCGCAUCAACAAGUACCUGGAGACUAGGACUAUCCAGCUCAACGUGCCCUCCGAUAUAUUUGAAGGGCGACAAAAGGUGUUCAAGGGCUACAAGAGCAAGGGUAGUGGCGGAGUGUUCUUGGUGUUCGGAGCGUUCGCCGCCAUGUUGCUGCAGCUAGCGCUAGGCAAGAUCGCGCUGAUAGCAGGCAAGGCGCUGCUGGUAGGCAAAGUCGCGCUGCUGCUGGCAGGUAUCAUCGGCCUCAAGAGUCUUCUCAGCCACAAUCACCAGCCACACUCUUCUCAGGUAAUCUACGCUGAGCCCGAGCAUCAUGGGGGAUGGGGUCGUAGCAUGAGUAGUGGAGCCCAGGAGGUAGUGUACCGCGCCCACCGCCCUACCAGCAACCAUCACAACCACCAGAACAACCAGAACAACCAGAACAACCAGAACAACAAUGGAUAGUGUACGCCGCGCCGAGGAACCAGCGGCUACAAUGGAACACAUAAAACAAAUACAAAUAAUCACAUGUCAUCGUGAUACAAACUUACGACAACAGCUUCAACAAACCUAUUUAUUUAAUUUAUUGUUAUUCUUGUUAAUUAUUCUAUUUCAUUUGUACAGUAGAGUUUCUUGUUGAA